AUGUACAACCCUUAUAGCAAUACUUACACUCCAUACGCCUCCUGUCAAAUGCUGAACCCAUUGCAGCCUGGCUUAUCAUAUCCUAGCUCUCCCCCACCACCUCCAAUGCAAUCUAUAUUUACAAACUACGAUUACGGAUAUCACCUACAACCUAUGAGUAGUAACAGACAAAUGCCAGCAGGGCAGCCGAACAGCACCAGUAGCAGCAACAAAAAAAGAAAGACAGAGGAUGAAGUGCUUUCAUCAUCCCCAUUAUCCAGUACCUCAUGCUCCUCAUCAGCAUCAUUUCCAGAGAUGAAUGACAAGGAGCCGUCAGUAAAGCGAUCAAAGAAAGUGACACCAAAGAAAGCACGCCGCCAAUCAUCUGCCAACACUGUAUCCGAGGAUUCUGAAUCUGAGGCAGAAUCUCGACAGAGAAGCCUCGAAAGAAAUCGACUAGCUGCGUCCAAAUGUAGACAGAGAAAGAAGGAAUGGAUUGAUGAAUUGGCUCACAAGGCAGAGAAAAUGACGCGUGAGAAUGAGUAUCUCAGGCAAAUGCUGGAGCAGCUCAAGGAAGAGACUUUAUACCUCAAAUCUCAACUGAUCAUGCACAAAAACAACGACGUGAUAACGUGUCCAAACAAGCCCUUUGGUAACUUGUUUUAUUAA